AUGUCGAGGUCGCUGCAACGCAGACGGCAAUCGAUGCGGAGACUGCAUAGCUCUCAACCUCCAAGCUCGCUCGAGCAGCACAUCCUCGUCGUCCUCGACCAACUCCAGACCAUCGGCUGCGUACUCGGCAAUGACGUCAUCCUUUGCUUCCCUCAAGCAACUCAAUUCGGCUCCCACGAGGGCUUCGUAGUCGUCGACGAGGCGACCGAACUUGUAACGACUUGA